AUGAUAGCUUUGCUGCUGCUGGCGCUGCUCCCUCACUCCUUUACUCUGCCUCUGACGCCUAAGGAUGAAGACAACCAGCUCUUAGCAGAGAAGUACCUCAGACGUUUUUAUGGCCUUCCAGUUGGUCUCCAAGGGCGGCGCGGACCAUCAGAAGCCUUUAAAACAAAGAUUGAGGAGAUGCAGAGAUUCUUCAAACUUAAGGUGACUGGAAAUCUGGAUGACAACACUUUGGACCUGAUGAAGCUGGCCAGAUGUGGUGUGCCAGAUGUUGGGGAGUACAACCACUUCCCUCGGCACCUUAAAUGGCAAAAAAACAAUGUCACUUUCAGAAUAGUGAAUUACACACCAGAUCUGAAACACUCAGAUGUGGACCGAGCCAUCCGUAAUGCACUGAAUGUUUGGGCUGAUGUUACACCGCUCACCUUUAAGAAGCUGCACAGUGGCAUCGCUGACAUCAUGAUCAGUUUUGGAUCAAAAGAGCACGGAGACUUUAAUCCUUUUGACGGGCCAAAUGGACUGCUGGCUCACGCCUACCCACCUGGUGAAGGUAUUGGAGGAGACACUCACUUUGAUGAGGAUGAACACUGGAGCAAAGACUCAUCAGCGUACAACUUGUUUUUAGUGGCGGCCCAUGAGUUGGGCCACGCCCUCGGUAUGUCCCAUUCCUCAGACGCGGGGGCCCUGAUGUACCCAAUCUACUCCUAUGCUACAGGCUUCCCACUGGCUGAGGAUGACAUUGAAGGCAUUCAGGCUCUCUAUGGUCCCAACCCAAACCACAAAAAAAGAAAGCCAAAGCCUGACGCACCAGACAAGUGUAACCCCAUGUUAACUUUUGAUGCAGUAACAGAGCUCAGAGGGGAGACCAUCAUCUUCAAAGACAGAUUCUACUGGCGUCUUCAUCCUCAGAUGCCAGAACCUGAACAGACACUGAUCAAGUCCACGUGGCCCUCCCUCCCCAACAAGAUAGACGCCGCAUACGAGUAUGCAGAGAAAGAUGUUGUCAUCAUAUUUAGUGGGAUCAGAAUGUGGGCUAUGAACGGAUAUAGCCUCGUGGAUGGUUACCCAAAGUACAUACACAAACUGGGACUUCCCAAGAAAAUAAGGAAGAUCGAUGCAGCCGUGCACAUUGGGGACACUGGGAAAACUCUGCUGUUCACUGACGAGGAUUACUGGAGUUAUGAUGAAGCAACAGGCACCAUGGACACCGGCUACCCACGAUCCAUUGAGGAUGAUUUUCCAGGGAUGGAUGAUGAAAUUGACGCUGCUUCUUAUCAUUAUGGGUACUUGUACUUCUUUCAUGAACAAAUGCAGUACGAGUACAGUUACAACGCAAGAAAGGUGAUCCGCAUCAUGAGAACUAACUCCAUUCUCAACUGCUGAAGAGCUGGCCUCCUUCUGUCAACACUGCUUUAUCAACAUUUAACGAAGAAUACGUAAAUACUCAGUUAUCUCCUCCUGAGACACACAGAGAUGAAACUUCAUGUGCAGAUAUGGGCAGGGACCGUUUUUAUUUUUUACUAGUGCUGGACACCUGUGGAUCAGACAACGAGCUCUGGAGAGUUUCUGAGAGAGAAGUACUCCGUUAGAUCAUUGUUAUUUAUUGCAC